CAGUUAUUUGUGGUACCGACCUCGUACAUUUCGACAUUUGACAUUUUUUCGUAGUUUUCCCGAUCGUAAAGCAUUUUUAUCACAAUUUUUCGGUUUCGAAAUUUAUUUCGUCGCCGGUUUAAUAACAACAUGAUCGAAUUCGGUUUUCGUUUUCGAUCGUCGCCGUUUUCCACUACAUUCGACGUCAAAGUGAGAGUGCGAGAGAUCUGAUAUCACAAUCGACGUUCGUAAAAAUCCGCAGUCGGUUUAACAUCGAUAACUUAUCAAGUUUGUUGUUGCCGAUUUUUGUUUUCGGCCGCGUACGCGAUUCGUGACCGACACGGUAUUUCGAAAAAUACGAAAACGAAAAAAUUAUUAUCCUUAUACGGAUUUAAAGCAUCGUUUUUUCGGAUUUAUUAUUUUAUCGAGUAAUCAGUGACAUUUUAACCAAGCAAAUUCGUUUAGCAGUCACAAUUACUUUACGCGAAUGUUCAUUCUUCAACCGCUCAAGUUAUUUACGUCAAAAACAUUUUUUAAAGUAUAUAUCGAUGGUUUUAAAUAUUUUCAUUCGAUUUUAUAUUGAUUUCCUUUCGAAUGAUCGAUUUUACCGCUCGAUUAUUUAGUACAGGGCGUUAGAAAUUUGCGGUAACUUUGAUUGAAUGUGAUGAAUUUCGAAAGUGUAGUGAUUUUGUUAAAGUUUCAAUUAUGAAGUAUGAUAAACGAAAAUACGAAUGGUGAUAACAUCAUGGAAUCGCUAAUCGACGAUGCGGUUAUUGAAGAAGAAAUCGAAAAUGAUACCACGAGGGGCGUUUUUCAUCGAAAAAGCUCAUUGGCAUUAACUCCGGAAGAAGAACCCUUAGAUACGCACAGAGGUUUCCACGAAAAUAAAUUAGGACAAAUUUCACCACCCACAAAUAGAUUAAAGAUAUUAACAGUUUUUUCGACGUUGGAUCAAGUUGGGGAAACGAUUUUAAAGGCGGCCGAAAAAUUGAAUUUCGACGUGUCUCUGUCGAAUUCGGAUUUGACGGCUUUGGAGGAAUACCAACAGAAAUUACACGAUUUAGUUAUUAUAGAUACGAGGUUAUCGAAAACAAUCAAUUACGACACUUUAUGUCGGUCUAUAAGAAAUACGAGGGGAAAUCAACACACUGUAGUUGUUGCACUUGUUAAAAAAAGCGUAUACGAAAAGGACGACAAUACGAUAGGGUCCUUAUUAGAUUCCGGAUACAACAGGUGUAUGGUAGAAACGACAAACGUAGUAGCUUGUCUAAACGAACUAAUUUUAUUAAGACACAGCGACAUUCGACCCCUAGCCCAACAUACCACCACUCAGGGUCUUUAUUCGGCUCUAGAUAAAUGUAGGGACCUAGUUAUCGUCACCGACGAUACUUACAAACUACAGUAUAUCAACCGAGCUUGCGAAAAACAACUCGGUGUUAGACAAGAGGAGAUACUAGGAAAAACCCUUCAAGAUCAAAUAGCAUCCGAUCCCAUCCAGAUAAAUUCGAUGGCGUCGUCUUUGCUGCGAGGCAAGGAAUGGAGCGGUCCUGUGACGUUGAAAAAGAAGCCGUUGGAUAACGUAUUAUCGUCCUGCAAAGCCGUUCCUUUCGCUAGUGUCGGAAGACUACCGACGCAUUUCAUACUCGUGUUCGAUUUAAAUCCCACCGAUCACUUGUGUAUGUUGACUCAAUCUAGAGGUAGCAUACAUUCGAUUAGGAGAGGUUCAAAUGACGUACGUAGCGUUGGAAGCGAUUUUCUACGACGUACCUCGUUGGCUAAAUUAAAUUCUUUACCUUUAGAAGCGCCAAUUACAAAAGUUAUAAGUUUGAUUGAUCAAGCAAGGGAAACGUCCAACCAAAACCCAUCGGUGGUUCAACUGUUGGACAGAGUUGAGGAUAUUUUGAAAAGCUGCGAAUUAUAUACGACGAACGUCAAAGAAGAUUUACGAAUCAAAUCCGACGAGCCCGUCGUAUCUGAUCUAAUAACAGCUCUAUUAUCGAAACAACCCCAACCGACUCUAAGCGGCUCGUCGAGGAGGAGUAGCAACGAUUCUUCCGUAUUCAGACAAUCCAGGGGCGGUUUCGUCAAGGUACCGGCGGCUAUUAAGGAGUUGUUGGAGAAUAGUCUGAUAUGGGAAUUCGAUAUAUUUAGGUUAGAGGAUAUGACGAAGAAGAGGCCGUUGCAGUAUCUAGGAAUGAAUUUAUUUAAUCAUUUCGAAGUGGCGAGCGUUUUGAAUUGCGACGAAAAAACUUUAUUUAAUUGGUUGACGGUCAUAGAAGCUAAUUACCAUAUGGAAAACUCGUAUCAUAAUAGCACACACGCCGCGGACGUUAUGCAGGCGACUGCCGGUUUCUUGGAAAAAGAACGAAUGAAAUCGAUAAUGGAACAGUUGGACGAAGCAACAACUUUAAUAGCAGCCGCGGCCCACGAUGUUGAUCAUCCCGGCAAAUCUAGCGCUUUCCUAUCGAAUUCCGACAACAUUUUAGCCAUACUAUAUAAUGACGUAACGGUUUUAGAAUCACAUCAUGCCGCGUUAACGUUCAAACUCACAUUAGGUGACGAUAGGAUAAAUAUUUUCAAGAAUUUGGACAGGGAAACAUACAAAAUAGCCAGAUCGAACGUAAUCGAUAUGAUACUGGCGACCGAAAUGACCAAACAUUUCGAACAUCUCGCCAAAUUCGUCAACGUGUUCUGUCCGAAGGCGUCGUCGAAUUCCGAUCCGGACGGUGACGUCAACGAUUACGCCCCGUUAUCGAUACCGGAAAACGUCACUUUGGUUAAAAGGAUGUUGAUCAAGUGCGCCGACGUUUCGAAUCCGACGAGGCCGCUGCGGUUGUGCGUCGAAUGGGCUAGAAGGAUAACGGACGAAUAUUUCCUUCAGACCGACGAAGAGAAAAACAAAGGACUACCGGUUGUUAUGCCAAUGUUUGACAGAUUCACUUGUUCUAUACCGAAAUCGCAAAUCGGUUUCGUCGAUUACAUCAUUAACGAUAUGUUCGAAGCGUGGAAUGCUUUUUUGGAUAUGCCCGAAUUAUUAACGUAUAUGAGGCAGAAUUAUAUAAGAUGGAAAGAAUUAGACGAACAGGGACAUACUACAUUAGUAGAUAUACAAAAAUUGCAAUCUACUCCUCUGAUGAACCCGAUGCUUCCUCCGAAACCUGCUAAUCUAACUGAUUGAACCCCGACGAGUAAGUUUGAGAGAGGAACAUAUCCGACAUACCCCGUAUGUGGAGUUUGAUUCGAAUUUCAGGAUAUCGGAGACCUAAAACAUUUAUUAUUACUCAAAAAACGUUGAAUGUUUCUAAUAAACGAUGCAUAUCGUAAUUCCUAAUCAGUUAAUCACGUUUCUCAUCUCAUAUAAUUGAAAUGAAAUUGAUGUUGAAUUGAAAAUUUAUUUUCCCUCCCUCGUAUGCAUGCCGGACGUGCAUUUACGUAGUUUAAUUAUAUUUAAAUUAUUGUUUUAUUGAUUAUAUGAAUAUAUUGAAGAGAUGUAUGUGUGUGGUGUUAUUGUUUUAUAUUUGUUUUGAAAUUUUGAAAAAAAAAAAUUAUUAUGCAUAUUGUAUGUGUAAUAAAAAUUAUAUAUGUCUCAAUAAAAUGAUGUUUUAUAUAAAAAAAA